AAAGUAAACUAUGAAAAUGAAAUUUGUAAUAGUCUGUUACAUCACAUUAAUUUCUUUAUGCUCAGUCAGUUUUGCGGCCAAAAGCUAUAGAGAUUGCACCAAUUUAUUGCAAGAGUCAUUCCAAGCUUGUUUCAGAAAAGCCUGGUAUAAAAUAGUCAGUGGCAGCUUACCUAGGGAUUUUAAGACUCUUGUGAGCAAAUGUAAGGCAAUUCCAAAAUGCAAAAUGGCAGCCAAAUCAUGUAUGAUGAAGGAACUAGAACACCCCAGAUUCAAAGACUGUGCAGCUGCUAAGACUUAUUCAAAGUCAAUUGAUCGUCUUUACAAUUAGAAAUUAUUUUGUUUCCUAUGUCUUAAUAUUAUUUACAUUUUUAUCUCCUGAUGUGAAUAAACUAUUUAGCAAUA